AUGGGCCUGUCCAGCGGGCUGCCGGAGGGCGGCACCAGCCAGCCUGCGGCCAGCGGAGCAGCGCUGCUGGGCAACGGCACGCAGUCGGGCAGCGGCACCCAAGCCAGCCUGCUGCAGAGCGGACAGGACGGCGCAGCCCAGGGCAUGGAGAUGCAGAGCGCGGAACAGCCUGCAGUGUUUGCAUUGACGAUUAGCGGCAUUUACAAUUAG